AUGGCAUACUCCAACCUCCAAAAGUCGCCUCCGCUCGACUUGUCGCAUCAUCUCUCGGCCGUGACCAAGAGACGCGAAAACAGUCUGGUGAAGAGCCUGUACAAGUACAUGAUUCGGCCCAAUGUCGAUAAUAUGGCGGGUGGCUUGCCAAAUGCGUCAUACUUCCCCUACGAAACCCUCGAGGCCACGGUCGCCCACCCCCAGCGAUUCGCGGUGACCACAACCACAGAAAACGGAGACGCGCGGGCCACGGACCGCAUGGUCGUCCCCAAAGAAACCCCCCAGGCCAGCACGCUCCACAAGAUCGAUGUCGCCACGGCCCUGCAGUAUGGCACCGCCGAGGGUCUGCCGGCGCUGGCCACGUUCGUGCGGGAGUUCGCCCGCGAGCACCUCCACCCCAAUGUCCCCUACGCGGGCGGGCCGGCGACCCUGCUCACGACGGGGGCGACCGAUGGCCUGUCCAAGGCCGUGGAGGCGUUCACCACCGCGUGGGACCCGCGGCGCGACUGGAUCAACCAGCGGGAGGGCGUGCUCUGCGAGGAGUUCGUCUUCAUGAACGCCAUCCAGACCUUCCAGCCCCGGGGCGUCAACGUCGCCACCGUCGCCAUCGACGCGGAGGGGAUGCUCGCGCACGGCAAGGGCGGGUUGGCGGAUGUGCUGGAGAACUGGGAUUUCAAGAAAGGUCGACGCCCGCAUCUGAUGUACACCAUCACAAUCGGCCAAAAUCCCACGGGCGGGACUCUGUCCGUGGCCCGCCGGAAGGAGAUCUAUGCGCUGUGUCAGCGGUACGACAUCCUGAUCAUCGAAGACGACCCGUACUGGAACCUCCAGUACCCCUCCGCGGCGGCCACGGAGGCCCAGCACCGCGGCUCGCCCGCGGCGGUCCACCCAACCCCGCCCAACUACAACGCCCACGGCCGGUCCUCGGGUUACGCGUUCCUGGACUCGCUGGUCCCCUCGUAUCUGUCGGUGGACACGGACGGCCGCGUCGUGCGGCUGGACACCUUCUCCAAGACGAUCGCCCCGGGGUGUCGGCUGGGCUGGAUCACCGCGCAGCCGGCCUUCAUCGAGCGGCUGACCCGCAUCACCGAGACGAGUACCCAGCAGCCGUCCGGGUUCGUGCAGGCCAUGGUGGCGGAGUUGAUCCUGGGUCAGCAGGCUGAUACUGACGGUAAGGGCGGUUCCUCAAAUCGCAAGGGCAAGGGCAGGGGCGAGCCGCGCGCCUGGCAGAUGGAUGGCUGGGUGCGGUGGCUGGAAGGGCUGCGCGCGAGCUACGAGCGGCGCAUGCGCGACAUGUGCACGGUCCUGGAAGAGGGGAAGUACCUGGUCGAUACGGACGGCGCAGAAGCAGCCGCGGAAGCAGGUGCCUGGGAGGUGCUGGAUAAGGUGCAGAUGUAUGACUUUCGGUGGCCCACCGGCGGCAUGUUCGUGUGGCUGAAGGUCAGCAUCGAGACGCAUCCCUUGCUGCAGAGGUACGGGGCCGAGCGCUUGAGCAAGGCGCUCUGGCUGCAGCUCAUGGAAAAACCGUACCUGUGUCUGAUGAGUCCCGGGGCGUUGUUCGCACCCACGCCGGCGGCGGUCCUCCGCUCGCAGCAGUACUUCCGGCUGUGCUUCGCGGCGAUGCCCGCGGACGAGGUCGCCGGCAUUACUCGGCGGUUGGUGGACGGGUUCCGGGCGUUCUGGAAGAGGAAGGACCUGGAUGGGUUGGAGGAUGAGGAGGUGAUGCUGCAGAGGUUGCAGUUGGAGGGACCGGCGAAUAUGAUGGGGUUGGGGUGUUGA